UUCAUGCAGAGAAUGUAUGUUUACGGUAUCCAUAUACCACAUACGGCGGCUGUAUGUUAAAGUAACCCAGACUCUGAAAAAGUUUGCAACACUAGUUAAUUUCAUUUUGUCAUAUGUUUUUUUUAGCUCUCAUUCAGAAUUCCGAGAUGUAUAUAUUUCCGGUAACUUUGUUCUCACUUCUAAUCCUCCCUAACGGUGUUACGAAUGCUCCAUUUGGUUGUAACGGAUGUAACGAUGAAGUAAGUUGCUUCUGUAGUGAAAAGGGUAGGCGUAUAAACCCAUCAUUGGAGCAUUGUAACGAAAUAUCAUGUCUCAACCCAAUAACGAACAUUAUGGUGAGCUAUUGUAAAGACACCGAAGGACAAUGUUUGACUGGAGACUACUUUGCGUUUGGUGCCACUGACUUUCGGUGUCGAUCACUUUACUGCCGAGUACCACCAAUCGAAUUUAAAAAGGUGACACGCUAUGAUCAGAUUUGCAAGUUGGAACGUGAGAAUAAAAAUGAGAAAUAUCUUAUCUAUGAGAAUCGGUUGGAAUGCUAAAAGAAUAUUCCAUGUUCAGCACUCUUUAAUCCGUAGAGUAUUAACAGAAUAUAUAUCAAUAAAAAUAUAAGGAGGUACGGAAAUCAGCGUUA